UCCUAACCUAUUUUCAUUAACAUGCAACAGGUAGUUUGGCAAUAAUCGGCCAAAUUAUCAACAUUCCAGUCGACGUGGCCCAGAUGGUAGGCGAACUUCCCCGCCACCUGGAUGACGACUAUGCUAUCAACGUGUGCAUCAAGAAACACUUCAUACACAAAUCAAGUUACUUGUCCGGCUACGUGAAGAAAGGUACCGUUAAAGCAUGGCUGAACUAUCUGGUUACUACACCGCUCUACAGGCGGAAUGGAAUUGUUUUCAAUGAAGAAAACUUGGCUGCGAUCGGACAAACAGAGCAGACGGAUAUUUCGGAGGAACGUAGGGCAGUAGACCUUGAAGUCGUCGACGAGAUGAACGAGGUAGAAAUGAUGAUUGGACAACAACAUACGCUCAUGUGGAAUGAAGACAAGUGUCUGGAACUUGCACCGGCACAAAAUCAGAAACCGCUUUCCAUUAUCUACGAUGAGUUUGCUGAGGAGCUGUCUUUCCCCGAUAUUUAUCUUGGUCAUCCGAGAUGCUUCAACCGUGAAGUCCAUGUGACAGCGUUCAUGAUGGCUACUAGCGAGGUGCGACGUCGGGAUCGGCGGGGCGCGAGACCGGAGCAUAUUUUGUAUAUGGCCAUGAAAAUCAUGCGGCUGCGGGUAUCGGAAGGAUUGAACAAUACCUUUAAAUGCAUGGGCACGGCCAACAUAACAAGGGCGCAGUUGCAAGAUCGGGAAUUUUUGGAAAGCUGUAUUGAGCGUAACCUCUCUUUUCUGAAAUCUAUUCCGAACUCCGUUCAAUAUUGGCAGCAAAGAAAACGGGAUGUUUUCGCCAUGAUCCGGCAGCUGGGGAAACCCACGAUGUUUUUGACGAUGAGUGCAAAUGAAAUUAGAUGGCCUCACCUACUAAGCAUUCUGCGGAAGCUUUCUGGUGGCUCUAACAUUGCGGAAAUGGACGAUAUUGUGCAACAGUUGUCUGCACUCCAGCGUGCUACACUUGUCAGCGAAGAUCCUGUCACGUGCUGUGCAUAUUUUCACAAGUUGGUAAACAUCUUUCUGCGCCUUCUGUCAUCGACCAGGUUGAGCCCGUUCGGCAAAUACCACGUUGUAGAUUAUUUUAAGAGGAUCGAGUUCCAGCAUCGUGGCAGCCCGCAUGCACAUAUUCUGCUCUGGCUGGCGAACGAUCCCCGUGAGGAUGUUUCCGAAAGAAUGCCCGCUACUGUUGAGUUGAUCGAUUUUCUGUGCUCCAUCAGAUCGGAAGAUCUGCCUGAGACCUAUGGCAAUCAGGUUCAUAAACACACGUUUACGUGUUUCAAGCGAAACGAUAAACGUUGCCGGUUUAAUAUUCCGUACUGGCCAAUGGAUCAAACCAGAAUUCUGAUCCCCAUUACAGCCGGGGAUGGCCGACUUCAACAGCUAAGCAGAAAGGCAGCAAAAAUGCGGGAAGCUCUUGAAACGAAGGUCUACGAUAGCCUUGACGCGUUUCUCGUUGAUAGCAGUUGCACGUACGAUUACUACUUGGACGUGAUUCGCUCUUCCAUUCGCCGACCAACAGUUCUGCUGAAACGUUCCAUGACGCAGCUUUGGACCAAUCCAUUCAAUCCUUGGAUCGCUGAGAAGCUCAAAUCCAAUAUGGAUUUGCAGUUUGUGCUGGAGGAGUUUUCAUGUGCUGCUUAUGUUGUGGAAUACGUAAACAAGACCAACAGAGGCAUAAGUAGUUUACAUCGUGACCUCAUAAAGCUCCAGGAAGAGCAUCCAGACCAGGCGUACGAUGGAUUGGUGAAGAAGGUCAGCAUAAAAAUGUUAAAUUCCGUGGAAAUGUCUGCCCAGGAGGCUGCUUGGUAUUUGCUUCGGCAACCGAUGUCAGAAGCCAGCCGCAAGGUUGAGUUUAUUGCGACAAUGUGGCCACAAGAGCGAAUAAAAUCCAAGAAGCGGAACAAACAGAUGGACGAAGAGGAUCUCGACGACAAUUCCACCGAUGUGUGGACGCUAAACAUCAUCCAACGGUAUGAACUGCGCCGAGGAAUGGAUGAUAUCUGCUUGGCGGAUUUCGCAGCAUAUUAUUCGGAAGAAAGAUCCACGAAGCAUUCAUAUAGACUCCGUUUAGUUCCCCGUGUAUUGCGUUGGUGCUCAUACAGUAUGGCGGAAAUGGUCGACUAUAAGCGUGAGAUGGUUCUCCUCUUCCUACCGUUCAGGAAUGAAGUCUGCGAUGUACUUGAUCGGAACAAGUUCCUGAAGUUGUAUGAAGACAACGAGGCCGCCAUUUUGGCAAAGCACAAGGAGUAUGACUGCGAAAUGAACUUGGAUCAGGUUGUGGAGGAAUACAUCCGCAUAUGCAGCGAAGACGACGAGCAGCAGGUGAUUGCCGACCAGAAGCGCGAUGAGUUCGUCCGCACGAUCGUCAUGGAGCCGAAUGAUGACGAUAUUCACAACUUGCCAACAGGACCCUUGGCAGCUGUCGUCAAACAGCGAUCAAAUGUCUUGUCAAAGCAAGAAUAUUGUGAAAUGGUGCGUGCCACGAAUGCAGAGCAGCGGGAUUUGAUUGUGCAAGUAAUCCACAGCUUGCAUUCCUCUGAAGAAAACUGCAAACCAGUGCAAAUAUUCUUCACUGGCCCGGCGGGCUGUGGCAAAACGUUCACUUUGCGCAUUCUAAUGGAGACAGUGAACCGGUACAGCCAAGCUCAUAAUAAGCAGCACAACGCUUAUGUAGCAUGCGCAUCCACUGGAAAAGCAGCGGUUGCAAUAGGUGGAACAACAGUGCAUUCCGCAUUCCGGAUUUGCAUGUCGCGUAGGCAAAGCUCAAAGCUGAGUUUCGAGGCAUUACAACUGUACCGGAACGCCUUCGCCAACGUGAAGCUCAUCAUUAUCGACGAAACAAGCAUGCUGGGUGCUGAUGUCCUCAACACAGUACAUGUCCGGCUUCAAGAAAUCACGGGGAACUACGACGAUCCAUUCGGUGGAAUGCCGAUCGUAUUUUGCGGCGAUCUUCGUCAAUUGCCACCGGUCAAUGCGCGGGCGGUGUUUAAACCGAGCAUAAACUCCAUGCAUGGCGCCGUUUUAUGGCAAUCUCUCGACUUCUACCCAUUGGUUCAAGUUAUGCGACAAACCAACGAGCAGUUCUCCGGCAUUCUCACAAAAUUGGCAACGGUGAGCGGAUGUCGUCUGAGGAAAUCGAGCUUAUUGAAAGCAGGUUCCGUACGGAGGAGUGGUGUCGGCAGCAUGUCCCUCGAGGGAUCCGGUUAUUCCAUCGGAACGCUGAUGUCGAACGGUAUAACUCUGUGGCGUUGA